ACAUCUGUGGUUUGGGGACGUGCUGGGGUCUGAGUUCUCAUGGUGUGACUGUGUUGGUAUCUGUGUUUCACCAAUGACCGACUCAUGCUGCAGUUAAAACUGGCCGUUGACAGGGUGGGCAUUCCCGAGAAACUAACGCCGGGGAAGAUCGACGCUAUCUCUGUGGACUUGUAGUUUUUUAAUUUGCCUCUUCCAAGGGCUUAAUGUUUCCUGCGAAGUGGGAGGAUAAAACAUCAGAAUCACGUUUAAUUCGAGCAGCGGCCUGUCAAAAUUUAUAUUUGAUUUUCUUUUUUGUUGCUUCGAAUUGGUUUGAAUCAAGGAAAUCCGUUGUAGGAGGAGGCGGCGUGUGACGUGGCGCAGCAAUUGACAUGGAGCACGGGGAGGAAAUAGGAAAGGAUGCCCCCAAGGCAUGGUAUGUUGUCAAGACAAUGGAUGAAUGGACACCACGCAACAGUUGCCAGACAGAAAUGUUCCCUCCCAGUUGGGGAACACUUCAGUGGUCAAGAAUAUUCAGCCUCCGAUCUUUGGACAUGGACGUUAUGAAACCUCUAAUAGAAGUGACUCAUAGUUCUGAAGGUAUAUCAGAUGAAGAACAAGAAACUGAAUUAACAGACUUACAAUUACGACAACCUGGCGAUGAAGAGGGAAUCUCGUUUACCCAGACAUUGAUUCAUUUGCUGAAAGGAAACAUUGGAACUGGGCUUCUAGGUUUGCCACUUGCAGUCAAAAAUGCAGGUCUUAUGCUAGGACCGGUCAGUCUUGUGCUCAUGGGCAUUGUGGCAAUUCAUUGUAUGCAGGUUGUAGUCCGCUGUAGUCAUCACUUCUGUCAAAGAUUUCAAAAGCAAGGCCUGAGUUAUGGUGACACAGUCACAUUUGCUUUGGAACAAGGACCACUCUUAUAUCUUCGAAACAAGGCUUCAUGGGGAAGGGUGACUGUUGAGUUCUUCCUCGUCAUUACACAACUGGGAUUUUGCUCAGUUUAUUUUGUUUUCCUUGCUGCUAACGUGAAACAGGUGGUAGAAGGAUUUCUGAAGAAUCAUACACGUUACAAUGAUUCGAACGUUACCGGCAGUCCAGCUGAUGAAUGGAACAUUGAUGCAAGGAUAUACAUGCUCAGCUUGCUUCCUUUUUUGAUCUUCUUUGUUUUUAUUCGUGAUCUCAAGUACCUUGCAGUAUUCUCUUUUUUGGCAAAUCUCUCAAUGGCUGCCAGUCUUGUUAUCAUCUAUCAAUAUAUUAUUACGGACAUACCUCAUCUAAGGAAGCUUCCUUUGGCUGCCAGUUGGAGAAAGUAUCCGCUUUUCUUUGGCUCUGCAAUAUUUGCUUUCGAAGGAAUAGGGUUGGUUCUUCCUUUAGAAAAUAAAAUGAAGCAAAGAAAACGUUUUCCACGAGCACUAAACAUCGGAAUGGGCAUUGUCACAGCUCUAUAUGUUUCUUUGGCUACUCUUGGGUAUCUACACUUCGGUGAUAACGUUCAGGGCAGCAUCACGUUAAACCUUCCACAACACAUGUGGUAUAGUAAGGGAUGACGUCAUCCUUUUGUGAAGUGGCCUUUGGAACAUCCUGCAAUUGAGAUGACGUCUUCCUACCUGCGUCCCUCCUCUUCCUCUGCUGCUCCCUUCUCAGGCAAGAUGAUAGUGUCUUCUUCUGGGUAUCAGCGAUCGAUUGGGAUGUAGAAUGUGUGGAUUGCCACACAUCUUUUUGGAUUGCCAGCAUUUUGGAAGCAUUUUUAUUUUGAAGACUGUUGAAUAAGACAUUGAACAAACAUCUGUUGACUAAGUCUGAAUGUAGAUAGAAGUGGAACGGAAAAGUGUUUUUGAACCUAAUACAUAGUGUUACAGGCACCCACUUCAAGUCAGUUUACAUGAUGGCAUUAAGGUCAACUGUUUAGACUGUUCAUCAUACCAUCUUAAUGGGAAAGUAGCAGUGACAAACCUGAAAUGUUCAUAGAUAUGCUUUCCUCAUUCCUUGAUCAAUUGAAAAUUGAUGGUUACUUGUACUAUGUUGUCUGACGAUGUGGUGUUUUCUGCCUAUUCCUUGAAAUUUAAUUUACACUUGCGUCCCCAUUAGGUAGCAAAGGCAUUUAAAGUCUUGCCGUCAUCUAUGUCCCAGCUUAUUUUUUAAAAGUUUUUUUCUCCCCACUACAAUGUGGCAUUAGUUGCCCAGGAACUGCAUGUAAUAGACAUUUUAAGCAUGUGCAACUUCCCUCCAAGCCGCGCAUCAUCCUGACUUGGAACUGUGUUGUCAUUCCUUCACUGUUGAGAGAUAAGAUCCUAAAACUUUCUUUUUAGCAGCACCUUGGGUAUAUCUAUGUCAGAUGGGCAGUAGCAGUUUAUGAAGGCAGCUUCUUGCGUGCAAUUAGGUGUGUACACCAAAUGGCUGGCUAUGUCAGUGCUGCCCAAAUCCCAUGAAAGAAUAAAAAGCUAUUUAAGUAUGAAGCUCUUGAUCUUUAGUUAUGUUUUCAGACAUUGUUGAUUUGUGUCUCAGGUAAUUAUGACUUAAAUAAACUUCAAGCAAAAAGAGCACUACUUUAGAUGUUCCCUAAAUUGGUUUCAAGUCAACUUCCUGAGGACAACGUGGAAACCUAUUGAUUUAGGUGACCUUUGCAAUACACUGUUGUUGUCGUCCGAAAUGGAGCUGGAAUGUUGGCAACUACAAAUGAGUCAUUACCCCUGCCUUUGGAGCAAUGAUGUUGCUCUGCCCUUCUGAAGGUAGAAAUGCACCUGUUGACAACUGAUUGCUGCCUGACCACAAGACAAGACAGUAGCUCAGAAGGAAGGCCACAAACAUGCUUUGCAGACAGUAGACUGCGUAAAUAGAAUUUCACAGUUAAGAUUAUAUUGAUUUUAGACUGUUCCUAGACAUUAGUUUUGAAAUUGGAUAUAUCAUUGUUUCAUUAUUUUAUCCUGCAGUUGAGAGACGUUUAACUUUGAGGUUAGUUUAGUGGACUAAAAUCUUUUUAGUUCUAUGCUUUUAUGUGUGAUAUUUUCAUUGGGCUCUGACAACUUCAUUCAAGACAUCCAGCUGUAACAACAUAUGGUAUUAUACAGAAUCUGGGAUUUAACUAGACACAGGUAAAUUAACAAAAUUCUCUUCAGUAACAUACAAAACAAAUAUUUUCACUUAUUUUAAAGUAUUAUGAUUUUUCCUCUACGGUAGAGUACACAGUGAUUCAGCUUUGUGUUUAACCCAAGAUAAUUAUCUUGCUCAAUUAUUUUCUGGAAACAAAUUCAUGAAA